AGAAUCGUCCAUACAGCCGUGUGAAAAUGCAAAUGCCAAAAGGGAAGCAAAUGGGAAGAUGCUCUUCACUGUGUGUAUGAAAGAGAUCAGAGAAGUGUGGGAUCCAUCAUCUAUCUACCCAAUCUGCAAUCACCCCUCAAAGUUGUUGUCUUUUUCAUUCAUGUUUAGCAAAACAAAAAACUACGUAACCCAAAUCCAUGAUUGACCCACGAAAGGUUCUGAUUCAAUGGGCUGCGCCAGUCUAAUCACAAUGACAAAUCAACGGUAUUGAUUGAUGGGAUUACUUGGCAAUCGGCAGCACUUUAUACUUCGUGGUCACUGAGGUUGCUGAUACAUUUGUUCAGUUCCACUCCAGUUUUUCUUUGUUCCUCUGCACCCAAUUCGAGAUGAAGCAGCCUGCAUCUGACUCCAAGCAAUCCUGAAUCUGUUACAGGUUUACCCAUAGAGGACUCAACAAUGGAUCACAAAGACAGGCUAUGUCAAGAAACUUGGGCAAAAGCUUCAUCUUCUGGUAAUGAAUUAGCAAAAAAAGUUUGCACCAAGAAACCAUCUUUUACCAAUUUCAAUUUCCAUUCACACCAAUAUCAGCAGAAGUGGGAAGAUACCUCUAUCUUUGGCAUUAGGACUGGUCCCCCUUUCCAAGAAUUCAAUCCACAAUCUGAAAACCAAUCUUUCAUUCCUUCCAACCCCAAUGAUCAUAUCAAAAUAGUGGAUAGGGAUGUUAGUCAAAGUAAUGAGACACUUCAAAUCAACAAAAUCCCAGAUUGGGAUCCAAGGGCUAUGCUCAAUAAUCUCUCUUUUCUUGAGCAAAAGAUCCAUCAAUUACAAGAUUUAGUGCAUUUGAUUGUUGGCCGGAGGGGUCAGGUUCUGGAACAAGCAGAAGAACUUUUAGCUCAGCAACAGCAGCUCAUAAUUGCUGAUCUCACUUCAAUUAUUGCACAAUUGAUCUCUACUUCAGGUAGUCUUCUUCCAUCAGUGAAGCAUACACUUUCUGCAAUCACUUCUCCUGUUGGACAGCUUGGAGGGAUUCUUUUCUCCUCUGAGACAGUCAUGAGUAACAGUCUGCAGCCACAACGUAGUAAUGGCAGUAAAGUUUCUGAUCAGUUCAACCGGAUGGACGUUACAGGUAAUUGUGGGACUGAGCGGAACUACUCUGUCGGAGAACAUGAAAUGAAAGAUGAAGAAGAUGCUGAGGAAGGAGAGAACCUUCCACCUGGUUCCUAUGAGAUCUUACAACUAGAAAAAGAAGAAAUCCUUGCACCCCAUACCCAUUUCUGCACAAUAUGUGGGAAAGGGUUUAAGAGGGAUGCAAAUUUACGGAUGCAUAUGAGAGGUCAUGGCGAUGAGUACAAAACUCCAGCUGCACUUGCAAAACCCAACAGGGAAACCAGCUCUGAACCAGUGCUCAUUAAGAGGUAUUCUUGCCCAUUUGCCGGUUGCAAGCGGAACAAGGAUCAUAAAAAGUUUCAGGCUUUGAAGACUAUUUUGUGUGUUAAAAAUCAUUACAAGAGAACUCAUUGUGACAAAAGCUACACUUGCAGCAGAUGCAACACCAAGAAAUUCUCAGUCAUUGCAGACCUCAGAACUCAUGAGAAGCAUUGUGGAAAAGAUAGAUGGCUUUGUUCAUGUGGUACAACUUUUUCAAGAAAAGACAAGCUUUUUGGGCACAUUGCUCUCUUCCAAGGUCAUACUCCUGCUAUUCCACCUGAUGAGACGAAAGGACCAUCAGGGCCAUCUGAUAAAGGGGAAGACAAUGAUGUAGCAAGUAAGGUUGCAAGCAGAAAUAAUAGCUUUGGCUCCAGUGGUGCUACUGUAAGUGAGGCUCAAAAUAUUAUGGAUGUGAAGGGUGGUGUUGAUGAUCCUGCUAGUUAUUUAUCGCCAUUGAACUUCGAUGCCUGUAAUUUUGGUGGAUUUCAGGAGUUCUCUCGACCUCCAUUUGAUGAUUCAGAGAGUUCAUUGUCUUUUCUUAUUUCUAGUUCUUGUAACUAUAAUCAGAAAACUGGAGGGGAGUCAAAUUCUAAUAAUCUUCAUUGAUAUUCUAGGUAUUUUCUAGUAUUUGCUUGUUUUCUGAUUGAUGAUACAAAUAUCAUUGGAGAGUGCCCCAUGUAAUCUCAUUAGUUAAUUGAAUGUACUUCUAUUAGCCAAUCAA